AUGAACCGGAGCGCGCCGGCGCCCGGCCCGCCGAGCGCCGCGGGCCAGGGGAGCUCCUACUUCCAGCCCGACAGCAAGAAGGGCGAGGUCAACGAGCUGAAGACGCUGCUCCGGAACGUCGGCGUCGAGCGCGACCCGAAAAGGAAGCGCGACGUCAUCAAGAAGGUCAUCGCGUACAUGACGUUGGGCAUCGACGUGUCGCGGCUCUUCACGGAGAUGGUCAUGUCCAUCGAGACGCGGGACCUCGUCGUGAAGAAGAUGGUCUACCAUUAUUUAUGUACGUACGCGCACGAAAAACCGGAGAUGGGCCUCAUGUGCAUCAACACGCUGCAGCGCGACUGCAGCAACGACGACCCCAUGGUGCGCGGCCUCGCGCUGCGGUCCCUGUGCUCCCUGCGGUUGCCGACGGUGCUCGAGUACAUCCAGGGGCCGCUCCGCGCGUCGCUGAGCGACGCGCACAGCUACGUGCGGAAGACGGGCGUCAUGGGCAUCCUCAAGGUCUACCACAUGGACCCGGAGUCCGUGCGCGGCGGCGAUUUGGUGGACGUGCUCUACGACAUGCUGCGCGACGGCGACGGCACGGUCGUCGCGAACUGCAUCGUCGUGCUCAACGAGAUCAUGCUCGACGAGGGCGGCAUCGCGAUCAACACGGCCAUCGUGCACCAUUUGUUGGGCCGCCUCAACGACUUCAACGAGUGGGGGCUCUGCAGCGUGCUCAAGCUCGUGGCGCGCUACGAGCCGGCGAGCGACGAGGAGACCUUCCAGGUCAUGAACGUCCUCGACCCCGUGUUGCGGACGUCGAACAGCGGCGUCGUCCUCGAGUGCAUCGGCUGCUUCGUGAACCUGACGAAGCACCUGCCCGAGCUCCACGCCCAGGUCUACGAGCGCCUGAAGACGCCCCUCCUCACCCUGAUGGCCGGCGGCGCCCACGGCGGCGGCGACUUCGAGCUCCUCUACUGCCUGCUCAAGCACGCGGAGCUCCUCGUCUUCCGCUGCCGCGAGGCGUUCCAGCCGGACUACCGCAACUUCUACAUCCGCUACGACGAGCCGAGCCCCGUGAAGCACGUCAAGGUCCACCUCCUCGCCGAGCUCGCGAGCGACCAGUCCGCGGACGACGUCAUGGCCGAGCUCAAGGAGUACGCGGCCGACGUCGACGCGGAUCUGGCCAAGGCGGCGAUCCGCGCCAUCGGCGCCAUCGCCGGGCGGCUCCGGACCAAGGCCGAGGCGGCGACGCGCGCCCUCGUCGAGUUCCUCGAGCUCGACGUCGCCUACGUGAAGGCGGAGGCCCUGCUCGUCGCCAAGGACGUGCUCCGCCGCUACCCGGAGCGCCGCGGCGACGUCCUGCCGUCGCUCGCGCGCUACCUCAAGGACCUCGACGGGUCGGCGAACCCCGCGGGCCGCGCGGCGGCCCUCUUCAUCGUCGGCCAGUGGGGCGAGGAGAUCACGGACGCGCCGUACAUGCUCGAGCCCCUGAUCGACGCCUACGGCUCCGAGACGUCCGUGGACGUCAAGCUCGCCCUGCUGACGGCGGCGACGCGCCUCUUCUUCAAGCGCCCGCCGGAGAUGCAGAACAUGCUCGGGCGCCUCCUCGACGCGGCGCUCGAGGACGCGAGCAGCAGCGACGCGCGCGACAAGGCGCUCUUCUACUUCCGGCUCCUGCGCCGCGACGUGGCGACGGCCCAGAAGGUCGUCAACGGCCGCGACCCCUGCGGCGUCGUCGUCGGCGCCUUCGCCGAGGACAACUGCGCGCUCCUCGACCGCCUCGUCGACGAGGGCUUCAACACGCUCGCGGUGCUGUACGGCGAGACGCCCGACCAGUUCAUCGCGCCGAAC